AUGGCAACAGCCUCAUCCCAGUCAUGGUUAGACGAGGAGUUGACCUGCUCCAUUUGCCUGCAGGUCUACACCGACCCAGUGACCCUGGCGUGCCAGCACAGUUACUGCCGUUCCUGCAUCGAGGAGUCCUCUCCCCAGAGCUGCCCCGAGUGCCGGGCCGAGGUGCCCGGGUUUAGGAGGCUCCGCUUGGGCAAGGGAGCUGGGGAUUACCUGGCCGUGGCCCCAGCGGCAGCAGCUUCAGCAGCGGCGGCUCCGAACAACAUCCUGUGCAGCUACUGCAGCCGCAGCCGGCGGCAGGCUGUGAAAACCUGCCUGAAGUGUGAAGCCUCCAUGUGCCCCAUUCACCUAAAACUGCACACUGCCAACGGGGUCUUCCAAACCCACCCCCUCGUGGAUACAGCGGCUGAUCUGUCCGCCUGGAGAUGCGCUGAACACGAGAAGCUCCUGGAUAUUUACUGUAAGGAGGACAAGGUGUGUGUGUGCACCCUCUGUACCCUGAUCGGCAAACACAAGGGCCACAACUGUGGCAGCAUCAGCGAGGGCGAGCAGGAGCUCAGGGAUAACUUAGAGCAUCAUCUGAAGAGCAUCCGGAGAAAUGUCGCUUCCAUCCAGUCUUCCCUCCAGGACCUUCACACACAGAAGCUGACUACUCAGAGUCUGAUAACAGAAACAAAGAGAGAAGUGAAGGAGAAGUAUGAUGCAUUGAGGAAACACAUUGAAAAUGAAGAGCGGGAUGUUUUCCACUGUCUGGAUAAGGAGCAGAGCCGUGUGACAGCUGCUAUUGAUAGCCACAUCCGAAAGCUGGAAAAGGAAAUUAAAUUCUUUGAGAUGUGCCUGGUUAAUCUCACUGACCUUUCACAGAAGAGGGAGAAGCUUGCAUUUAUACAGGGAUUCAAUACAAUGGUAACCAGGAUAAAGAAUGCAUCUGAGCAGUUAACAUCCUCUCAACCUGGGCCUUGCCUGGAUAAAAUAAAACUGGAUAGAAUAAAGAACCAUACGCAGAAAAACUUGGAGCUGGUUUCCCAGGUGAAGAGGGACCGAGAUCGGUUAAUUUCUCUGUAUGGACAGAGACUGACCCCGGAUCUCAACACAGCCCAUGCCCAGUUCAUCCUAUCUGAUGGAAACAGGAUUCUGACGCUCUCACCCAAGAGGCAGUCCCUACCCAAGAACACUGAGAGGUUUGACUGCUGCCAGCAGUUGCUGUGUGCCGAGGGAGUGAAAGCUGGCCGUUCCUACUGGGAGGUGGAGGUGCUAGGAGACAGUGGUGUGUGGAAAAUUGGCCUCUGUUACAGGAGCAUCAGCCGCAAAGGCAAAGGAACAGAGUGUUUGCUGGGGAGGAACCGCAAUUCCUGGUGUCUCUAUUCAUUGGUGGGCUCUGUUUUAGCCCUUCAUGAUGACAAUGAUACAAAGCUGACUGUGGGAAACAUUUCCAGGGUGGGAGUGUAUGUGGAUUUUGAGGCUGGGACCAUCUUGUUUUACAGUGUCUGUGACAGGAAACUCACCCUCGUACACACCUUCCAAGAGCAAACCUUCACCGAGGCUCUCUACCCUGCCCUGCAGAUUGUGACAGGGCAAGUUGAGUUUGCAGGGGUGGCUGUUUGCAGGACUAACAGAGGAUGGGCCCAGGCUGUGAUUGAGGAUGACAUGAUGAUAAAGGAUGUGGCUUUUGAAAAGAGCCUUACAAGGACAUUGUGA